GAGGGAGUAAACAAGUCCGAUUCCCCACAUUCCGCGAAUGCAGCACUAGAAGCGGAAAUGUCGUCAUCGUGCGCCAUAGCGAUCGUCGCCAUGUUCAAAAAUCUUGAAGCUUUAUUGCGCUUCUGGAGUUGUCCAACAACGACGUUUAAAUAAAGAAAUGGAUCAUUUGAAUGUGUUAAGGAUAGAGGAACACUCUUCCUCUCCGGAGCAGAUAAACAAAAUGCUCGAACUGCCUAACUACAGCAGCCAGUUGAUGCAGCAACUGUGGGCCCUGCGACAAGAGGGUCACUUUUGUGACUGCACUGUUCUCGUGGGCGACGACCCUCAUCGUGCACAUAAAGUAGUGCUGGCAGCUUCCAGCAUGCUUUUCAGGUCGCUGCUGAAUUUUUCUGACACUGUCUCCAUCGACACCACUUUGGUUUCCUCACAGGAGUUUACCUGUCUUCUGGACAUGGUCUAUACAGGCAAGCUCCCUUUGGGAAAACAUAACGUCAGCCGCAUCAUUGCCGCAGCAGACAGUCUGCAGAUGUUCGACGUAGCCGUGAGCUUUAAAAAUGUCCUCGCCAACAUUAUCAACCAGCAGCCCCAAGGCUCCCCCCCCCCUUCUACACAGAGCCCGAUGAACAAACUCCAGAGCCCAAACCCUGACGUUUGGGAUGCUGCUUCGGCCGAAAGUGGGACCCAGGUGAAGGACGAGUUGGAGACAAAUGCACGUCAAGAUGCAAGUGAAAUUGCAAAGGAGCCUACAGGGACAGAAGAAAGCAUAGCCGCCACAGCAACUGUUGGCGAAGACGACGAUGCGAGAGCCAGCGAAACGACAAGCGGCUCGGAGCGCUCUUCUCAGCUGACCGAGCAACUCGCCGUUGUGCCGGAUGUUGUUCAGCUUUUGAGCCAAGCGGCCAACAGGUGUCUGGAGAAGCUGGAGCUCCAGUUAGUUUGCGAGUGCUGUAAAGAAGCGGACCCGCGCUCAGUCGUGACUAAGCUGUUGGGGGAAGUGGAGAAGGGACUUGUCAGUGAGCAAAGUCUCCUGAGCCUGCUCCGCAGCGCCCAACGGGAGGCGCCCUCCUCCUUCCCCGCGUCGUUGCUCUCUCAGCUGGAGGAAAUGGACAAUACGCAGGAGCCAGAUGGACACCAGACUGAAACCAGCUCAGAAAUGGAGAACAGCAGCGGUCACAAUCAAGUCCGAAUCAAGUCGGGGCAAAGCAGCAGCACGCAAGAGCCCGAGACAGACGAAUACUCGUCGUCCUCCAAGUCUUACCGCUGUCGCUGGUGUAAGAAGAGUUUUUCCUACAAGUGCCGAGUGACGGCCCAUAUGAAGCGCUGCCCCAUGUCCGAGGAUUGUCAGCUGCAGUGUCCGCAAUGCCCUGCCAAGCUGCUCAACAAGCGGGCUUUACAGCGCCAUUUGAGCCAGGCUCACCCGGCCGCUGCGGGAGACAAGCAGCAGCAGCAGCAGCAGCAGAAGAAGAAGAAGAAGGUAGCCUGUGACCUCUGCGGGCGGACCUUCGCACACCCUUCGGGUAUGAUCUACCACAAGCGGACCGAGCAUUACGAGGAGAAGCCGUACGCCUGCGAGACGUGCGGCGCCAAGUUUCCCGCCACCUCCUCUUUGAAAAACCACAUGCGGCUCCACACGGGAGAGAAGCCCUACCGCUGCAAACACUGCGACAUGAGCUUCCGAGUGGCUGCCGCCUUGGCCUACCACACCAAGAAGAAGCAUUCUGAGGGCAAGAUGUACGCGUGUCAGUACUGCAAGGCCGUGUUUGCUCAGUCCAUUGAGCUGACGCGGCACGUGCGGACGCACACGGGCGAUAAGCCCUACGUGUGUCGGGAAUGUGGAAAAGGCCACAGCCAAGCCAGUGGCUUGACUGUCCACUUGCAGACCUUCCACAACAUGUCGCAGCCCCUCAGCUGUCAGAAGUGUUCCCUCAGCUUCCAGACUUUGGAGGAGCAUCGGAAGCACAUCGAGGAGCUCCACGUCAACCCCAUGCACAAGUGUCACACGUGCCGCAAAGUUUUCAGCAGCGCCGCAUUGCUGGACAAUCACAAGUCCGUUCACACUGGAGUCAAGCCCUAUGUCUGCAACCUGUGCAAUAAAUCUUACCAGCAACUGUCAGGCCUGUGGUACCACAACAGGACCAACCACCCUCAGGUCAUCGGCAACCAAACGGCGCAGCAAGUGAAGACCCUGGUUCAGUGUGACGUCUGCUCGAAGUUCUUCCCCUGUGUCUCCAUCCUGGCCAAACACAUAGAAGCUGAACAUGAAGAUACGGCGGCAUCCACCUUGCACCAUGGAGUCGUCUGCCCCCUUUGCACUCUGGUCAGCGGCUCCCAGACGGAGCUGCAGGAGCAUCUCCUCGCCUGCCACGUGGAAGCCCAGCAGACACAGGUUGCUGAGGAGGCCUCCAGCACGGCGCACACUGUGAUCACGGUGCACCAACAAGAAGGCGAGGUGCCGCAGUCGGCCAACGCUGCUGAGGAACAGCAGUCUGUGAGCCAGCGGGUGUUUGUGGCUGUGGCAGGCGGAGGGGAAGGCGACGCCCCGGCCGAGGUGGUGGAGGUCAACAUGUAUGAUCUCUUAAACAAUUCCGUCACGUUCAUCUGUGAAGGCAAACCGUCGGAUAUCUAGCUCCUUUCUUUCAACCCGAAAGUCCUUUUUUUUGACAGCAUUUGGUCUUUUAUUGAGUUGUCAACGAUGUUGUCGACCAGUGUUGCCAUGACACCUACGAGUAAACCAAAUGAUUUGUUUCUCUCACACAAACAAAAAUAAAAAACGUCAAACAC